CUGCCAAGUUAAGUUAUUCUUAGAUACGAUUACUAUUAUCCCGCGUCCAAACACUACCUGCUUUGGUUGAUCGUCAUCGGACAAAAUAAAAAAAAAACUCUGCAGAUUCUCUAAACUAAAAACCCUAUCUUCAAGUACUCGUAUUAAUAAUGAUUUUUUCCAAGCUCAGCCGUGCCUUCACGCGAUCAUCUCGUUCUAGUAAUUUUCUGUACGGUACUGGUGGAAGGAGAUCGCUGAUUGAGUGUGACGGGAUUCUACGGGUGCCACGUGUUGCGGAUGGAGUGGAUGGAAGAUUAGAAUUUUGGAGGGGAUAUUUAGCCGCAAUAGGAGGUCGAAAGGAGUCGUAUUUGUCAGAUUUGAAUCAUGCUCUUUCUAGACCUGGAAUCCCCAGGUUUUUCUCCAGUGAAGCGCCGAAGAAUAAGAAAAAUUAUGAGAAUUUCUACCCAAAGGAGAAGAAGGAAAUACCAAAAGGAAAUGAACAGAAAUCCGAGUCCAAAGAAGAUUCAAAUACAGAUGAUCAUGGAAAUUUUCAAGAAACUUUCAUGAAGCAGUUUCAAAAUUUGAUCACUCCUUUACUGAUGAUUGCGCUAUUCCUUUCUUCCUUUUCUUUUGGUCCCCAGGAACAGCAGCAGAUUAGUUUCCAGGAGUUCAAAAACAAACUUUUGGAACCAGGUUUAGUGGACCAUAUAGUUGUUUCUAACAAAUCAGUUGCAAAGGUAUAUGUGAGGAGCUCCCCACACAAUCAAACUAGUGUAGAUGAUUUCCAAGGUCCUGUCAGUGGUGCUACUGCUAAAGGACAUGGUGGUCAGUAUAAAUACUACUUCAAUAUUGGCAGUGUUGAGUCUUUUGAGGAGAAGCUAGAAGAAGCCCAGGAAGCACUGGGGAUAGACCCUCAUGAUUAUGUACCUGUUACUUAUGUCUCUGAAAUGGUUUGGUACCAAGAAUUGCUGCGGUUUGCACCAACACUCUUGCUUUUGGGAACUCUCAUGUUCAUGGGGCGAAGAAUGCAAAGUGGAUUUGGUGUUGGUGGUGGUGGUGGAAGGGGGGCCCGUGGAAUAUUUAACAUAGGGAAAGCCCAUGUAACAAAAGUAGAUAAAAAUUCCAAGAAUAAGGUCUAUUUCAAAGAUGUUGCUGGCUGUGAUGAGGCAAAGCAAGAAAUCAUGGAGUUCGUGCACUUCCUUAAGAACCCCAAGAAGUAUGAGGAACUUGGAGCAAAAAUUCCAAAAGGUGCACUUUUGGUAGGCCCUCCGGGGACAGGUAAAACCCUUCUUGCAAAAGCAACUGCAGGGGAGUCUGGUGUGCCUUUUCUGUCAAUAUCUGGUUCAGAUUUCAUGGAGAUGUUUGUUGGUGUUGGACCAUCUAGGGUUAGAAACUUGUUUCAAGAAGCAAGGCAGUGUGCUCCUAGUAUAAUUUUUAUUGAUGAGAUUGAUGCUAUUGGUCGAGCAAGGGGGCGUGGAGGCUUCUCAGGUUCCAAUGAUGAGCGUGAAAGCACUCUCAAUCAGUUGCUGGUAGAGAUGGAUGGCUUUGGGACUACUUCUGGAGUUGUUGUCAUUGCCGGCACUAACAGGCCUGAUAUUUUAGACAAAGCUCUAUUGAGGCCUGGUCGUUUUGAUCGCCAAAUUUCCAUUGAUAAACCUGAUAUCAAAGGCCGUGAGCAGAUAUUUCAGAUUUACUUGAAAAAGAUCAAACUUGAUCGUGAGCCAUCGUAUUACUCUCAAAGACUUGCUGCACUUACUCCUGGAUUCGCUGGAGCCGACAUUGCAAAUGUUUGUAAUGAAGCUGCAUUGAUUGCUGCAAGGGGUGAAAGUGCACAGGUCACAAUGGAUCAUUUUGAGGCUGCUAUAGAUAGGGUCAUUGGUGGUCUUGAGAAGAAAAAUAAGGUGAUAAGCAGGCAGGAACGCCGGACUGUUGCUUUCCAUGAAUCAGGCCAUGCUGUUGCUGGCUGGUUCUUGGAACAUGCAGAACCUUUGUUGAAAGUGACAAUUGUUCCUCGUGGUACGGCAGCACUUGGAUUUGCCCAGUAUGUUCCAAAUGAAAACCUUCUUCUGACAAAGGAGCAGCUUUUUGAUAUGACUUGCAUGACACUAGGUGGUCGAGCAGCUGAAGAGGUUUUGUUGGGGAAAAUCUCAACUGGAGCACAGAAUGACUUGGAGAAGGUGACAAAAAUGACAUAUGCCCAAGUUGCAGUGUAUGGCUUUAGUGAUAAGGUGGGUCUUCUCUCUUUCCCACAGAGGGAAGACACAUUUGAGAUGUCAAAGCCCUACAGCAGCAAGACUGGGGCAAUUAUAGACGGUGAAGUGCGAGAAUGGGUGGGCAAGGCAUAUACACGAACGGUUGAAGUUAUAACAGAACACAAGGAGCAAGUGGCGCAGAUUGCUGAGUUAUUACUGGAAAAGGAAGUUCUCCACCAAGAUGAUUUGGUUAGAGUUCUGGGUGAGCGGCCAUUCAAAUCCAGUGAGCUGACAAAUUAUGAUAGAUUCAAGCUAGGUUUUCAAGAGGAAGAGCAGAGUUCACAGGCACCAGAGAGUGGAGGUGUGGAGGAUGGAGCUGCACCUCUGGAGCCUCAGGUUUCCCCAGCAUAGAAACUGGGGGGUAUAUUUGUAUUCUACUUAACCCUUUGGUGAAUUUUUAACUCAUGUAAUUUUUAUUCAUGAAUAUAGUGUUUAUUUUCCUGGAGAAGAUUUUUUGACAAAUAAAUUCAAAUGUUUUGGUGGGCA